CGAGUUUUGGCUUCGCAACGAUCAACAAGAGACAAAGGAGAAAAAAAAAAACGUUUUCGUAGUAGAACAGACAUUUUAUAUUUAAUUAAAUAAAUAAAUAAAAUAAACUAAAAAAAAGACAAAAUAACUGCAAUAACUAAUUAUGAAUGAAUUAGUUAUAAAUAUAAAUUAUUUGUGUGUUGUUUUGUAGAGGGGAAAUUUUCCCUCACCAUUUACAUAUAUAAUUUUUUUUUCUAUUUUUUUCUUUAAUUGUUUUAUCCACACCCUAAAUUAAAUUAAUUAUCGGACGAUUAAUUAAAGUGGAAAAUUCUGUCAUUUAUGAAAUUUUUAUGACAAUAUUAUAUCUAAUCUCACUGCGUAUUUAAAAAAAAAGAAAAAAAAUAUAAGUUUUUUUUUUCUCUGGCAAAAAAUUGGAGAAGUGGUGAAAAAAAAAUCAAAGUUAAGACGUCAUCGAUUAAUAGUGUUGGAGAAGAAAAGAGACGAGAAGUCAACCUUCUCAUCCCCAACCCAUCAUCAUCCAACUCAAAGUUGACUUUUGGAAUUGAAACGUUUCUUUGUUUUCGAUGAUAAAUUGUUUUUUUUUUUUUUUUCAACUCAGUGGUCGAAUUUUCGGAUAUAUAAAUUAAAACAUAAUUAAGACCGUUUUCAAGGUCUUUAUUGCAACUGUGAAGAGUUAAAAAAAUUUCGUCAUUGUGAAUGAAUUUUUGGAAGUUUUAAAGCCAUUUUUUUUUUUCCAAACAAAGAAAACCUUGGAUCACAGUGGUGGGAGAGAGAGAAGUUUUUUUAUAAUACGAAUCUAUUGUGUAUUAGAAGAAGCACAAAGUAGUGUGUGAGAAGUGUAGAGAAAAAGUACAAAAAAAAAGCAACAGUAAAUAAAGUUGAGUUUGUGUGUUGUUGAUUGUUGUUCGUUCUUGUUGGUUUUAAAGUUUUCGUUCGUUUCGUCGGGGGUGGUGUGUGUGUGGUAAACGGUAAAGAAACUUUACUGCGCAGGUAUUAGUUUAAAAAGAGAGAACGAGACAUUUCGGACAUUCGGGGAUUGCCACAAUAGUGCAAAAAAAAGAUAGAAUGAUAGUGUUUUUGUUCAAGUUAUUUUUUUUUAUUUCGUAAUCCUCUUUGCAUUUUGUGUCGUUGCCUUUUCGUUUCUCCUCGUCAUAAUAUUCAACGACUGACAGCUGAGUUUGUUGGUAGAGAAUUAUUUUUUGCAAACUUUAUUUUUUGUUUCUCCUUCAAAAUAAGUUGAGGACUUAAAUUAGAAAAAAAGUUAAAUAAUUUUGUUUUAAAUCGAAAUUAAAACUUCUUUGAUGAAGUUUCAAGUCGAUAUGAGGCAUUUGUAAAGAGAUUUCUUUUGUGUGUUUGGACGACGGAGAAAAAAAUCAAGAACAAGAGGAGAGGAAAAUUCCUACAACACUCUGAAGAGCUUUGCCUACCACCUACGCAAAAAUAAUAAAAAAAAAGGAGAUCCUAAGGACGAAUUGUGCUAACCAAUACUAUAUCUUUUUCUUUCGUUGGAAAAAUACAGUUAUUCUUCAAUUGAGAUAUGCUAUCUGUUGGUGUUUUGCUGGAAUAAACUGAAAGGAAGAAAUCCCACCUAGACCUAGAAAAAUUCUCUCAACAGAAUUAAAAAAAAACCCCCACACACCUCUUUUUUCAUAUUAAAAAAAAAAAAAAAGAAACACUCUUUAAAUUGAACGAAAAACUGUUGCUACAACUGCAAUAAAUCGCCUCUUUUUGUUGGCCCCCAAAACAGAAUGUCAGCUGAUUCCCCGAGGCGCAAUGCGCGCGGUAUACCAGCCAUAGUACCACCACAAGUGGUUAGCGAUCGUUCGAUAAUCGACUCUGUUGCCGGAUUCAUAAAUGACGUCACACUCAACAACCAACCACAAUGUGAUCCCAAGGACACAAUAACUUGGGCUCGUUUCGAAACAGCAGCCGACAUAAGCGACACACGUUUUUGCGACGAUUGGGAGUUGGAGGGAAAUGUUGCACCACCGCUGCUAUUGAUUCUUGGCUAUGGUCAAGGUGUACAAGUAUGGGCUAUACCUGCAAAUGGUGAGGCAGUGGAAGUACUCUCAUGGCGUCAUGGUAUUGUAUCGGCAUUGAGAGUAUUGCCCACACCCACCUAUGCUGAGAAUGGUCGUGCUGAUGAGCCAAUUGAUGCGUAUGCUGAGAAAAGGCCAUUAAUGGCUAUAUGUGAUGGCACUACACCAGCUGGUAGUAAUCCACAAUUUUGUGCUGUGAAUUUUGUCUCUCUAAAAACUGGCGCCCAGGUGAAGACGAUUAAGUUUAAAAAUCCUGUGUUGGAUAUUUUAGCAAAUCGAUCGUCAAUUGUGAUAACAUUUCACGAACGUAUUGCUGUAUUUGAUGCAAGGAGUCUUGAAGAUCGUUUGUCAGUUACAACAUGUUUUCCUAGUCCAGGGAUCAAUCCAAAUCCUGUAGCUCUGGGGACACGCUGGAUGGCCUAUUCUGAAAACAAAUUGUUGCAUUCUAAGCGCAGUGGUGGUGGCUGUGAUGGAGACGGUGUAGCCAGCUACACGGCUACAGUUCUCAAUGCGGCAAAAAGUUUCGGAAAAGGUCUACGCGAACUUGGUGAACAAGUCGCAGCUGGCUUAACUGGAACAACUGGAUCAGGUGGAAGCUCUAAAAGCAGCAGCUUUGACUCGGCUACUGGGGAUAUUCGUCAAGGUGGUGUUGUCACUAUUUUAGAUAUAAAACAUCCAAUUAAAGAUGUUAGUCCGACAAGUGGCACUCCUGUCUCCAUCAAUGGCAGUGAUCCUAUUGUUGCUCAUUUCAUUGCCCACUCUGAAGCAGUUGUAGCAAUGGAAUUUGACAAUUCUGGAAUGAUGCUUCUAACUGCCGAUAGACGUGGUCAUGACUUCCAUCUGUUUCGCAUUCAACCACAUCCCGUCGGGUCUAGUUUGGCUGCUGUACAUCAUAUUUAUGUCUUGCAUCGUGGCGACACAAGUGCUAAAGUACAGAACAUCACAUUCUCGUUGGAUAGUCGCUGGGUAGCAGUAUCUACAUUGCGUGGAACGACUCAUGUAUUCCCAGUCACUCCAUACGGUGGUCCAGCUGGUGUUCGUACUCAUACUAGCCUUCAUGUGGUAAAUAAAUUAUCUCGUUUUCAUCGUUCGGCUGGCCUCACAGCCGAUGGACGUUCGAGUAGCCCCAUCUCGCAUUCCGAUAGCACAAAUUUUAGCCAAAUUCUGAUGCCCUAUCAUAAUCCGACAAUGCCACCCUUCCCACGGCCAACAGUUGUGCUUCCUUUAGCUCAGCUACGACAACCUUUUGCCCUAGGCUCUCCUCCAGGAUCGGCCGUGCCUAGUUCAUAUGGCAAGACAUCAAAUACACGCCAGCGAUUGUCAUCGUUAUCUGAUGAUAAUGGCAAGCCAUUGAGUGUUUGUGCUGUAUUUGCCAAAUCACGUUCCUGGCUUUUGGAUCCACCAAAUGCGGCGAGGGAAGCGCCACAUAAAAUUCAACGUAAAGCAGUUGACUCAUUGUUCGUAAUGGCCGGACAUGGUGCACUGAUUCAAUACGAUUUGGAUACUAAACUUGCCACAAAUGUUGCCAAAGAGAAAAUAUGUGAUGAUACUCCAAUUGAGCUUGAAGUUGAGGCCAAAGCUCAAUGGAAUCUUGGACGAAAAGAUGGAUCUCCAGAAAUUAUGCCACCAUUGUCUGUUGAAAACUGGCUGAUUAAGGAUAAAAAUUCUUGCAUGCUUAUUGACAGUACUAGACAAUAUGACGAUAGUGAUGAUCGCAGUGACAGUUGGUUAUCUCAAGUAGAAAUUAUAACUCAUGCAGGACCUCAUCGAAGGCUCUGGAUGGGACCACAAUUUGUAUUUAAAACUUAUAAUACACCUAGCGGGUCUAAUCUGAGUCAUAUAGAUGUUGAAGCAGUUGAAAUUGGUGUUAGUUCUGGUUCAGGCUCUACUGGACGUCCAGAACGUUCAAGUCCUCUUAAUAUGCCACUAACUGCAGCUGGCCGAUCAGCAGUGCCAGUUCUUAUUGAAUCUGGUUCAUAUAGUAGCAUUGAACAAAGUCCAAAGCUAAUGGAUCGUUUUCGUCACGAACAUAUGAAUUCGGAUUUCUCUGUUGCCCAUGGCGAUAAUCGACUUAAAGAAGAUUUAGCUGAUGCAAUGCGCGAAUCACCAUCGGUAUCACAUAAAGAUUCAGGUGGUCACCCUCAACGACGUAGACUUUCUGCCGCGGCGGGUGGUUCAAGUCGUGCAACAACUGCAUCCUCCCCAUCGUCUUCCCCGAAAGCAAGAAGUGGUAGUGGUGGUGUUUCUUCGUCUUCAGCAAGUUCGACUUCCUCUUCAUCCGCUGUCACAUUGGUUGGUGGUUGUGGUGAUUAUACUUCAAAAUACGAAUCACUUGAAUCCUUGAUUGAACAACAACAACAACAUCAGCAACAGAAUCAAAUGAAGGCAAUAUCAAUUGAAAAAGUGGUUAAUCCUUUGGGAACUGUAACAACAAUUACGGGUAGUUGUGAAAGUGAUUUGGAUUCGGAUGAUGUCUUGAAAGGUAUUAGUGCUAAUCAAAGUUAUGUUAUCCAUGAGAAUUGUGAUGAAUCAUUAUUUCGUCCGGUUGUGGCGAUAUUUUGUGAUGAAAAUAUUAAUUUAGGCGCAGAGAAAUAUGAAGAGGAUAGUGAAUUUACUAAACCACCUGAGACAAUUGGUAAUAAAUUAAUUGUCCCGGUUAUAGAGAAGGCUGUCGAUUUAGAAUUGACAAAGAAGGAAUCUUUAAAGAAUCGUGGGAGGAGGCAACAACCACAAAUUCAGCAAGUUAAGGAAGAAUCUGAUGAUGAGGUGGUUAAGUUUAAUAUUACAGAUGUGAAGAGAAGGCAAAAAAUUGACAAAAAGAAACAAAAAGUCGAAGAGAAAGAAGAAGAAAAACCAGUACCGAAAAAAACUAUAACUAAGGCUAGUGCUGAUAGUGAUUUAUCGACUUCUUCAAAUUCGAAAUUGAAGUUAAAAAAGCAAUCUGACGAAGAAACAAUAAAAGUAAAAUUAUCCAAAGCUACCAAAAGUCCUGAAAAGGAAAUUAUACCAGAUGAACUGCCUGUUUUGGAUAAAAAAUUAGAUCAUUUUGAAGUUGUACUGCCUUCGGAUAAAGAUUCUAAAGUUAAAUCAACAAAAUCUCGUAAAAGUGUUGAAAAAGAACUCUUAUCCGAAGAAGUUAUCAGCAAGAAAAAGGCUUCGGAUAAUGAUACUAAAGCUUCGAAACUCCGAAAAAGUUUAGAGAGAGAGGUUGUAUCUGAAGAAGUUUUAUCCGAAGAAGUUAUAAGCAGUAAAAAGCACGAUCCUAGAACUUCAAAAAGCCGAAAAAGUGUAGAAAGAGAGGUUGUGUCCGAACAAGUCUUAUCCGAAGAAGUUAUCAGCAAGAAAAAAUCCCCGGAUAGUGAUAUUAAAGCUUCAAAAACCCGAAAAAGUGUAGAAAGGGAGGUUGUAUGUGAAGAUGUCUUAUCCGAAGAAAUUAACAGCAAGAAAAAGUCUCCGGAUAACGAAACUAGAGCUUCAAAAACUCGUAAAAGCUUAGAAAGAGAGGUUGUAUCUGAUGAAGUUGAUUGUAGUAAGAAAUUAACUUUGGAUAAAGGUUGUUCGGAUAAACAAACAAAGUCAAAAAUGGUGAAAACUCGAAAGAGUAAUGAAAAAGAGAUUGUAGUUAAUGAAACAUGUUUAGUUAUUGAAAAGAAAUCAUUAGUUAGCGACUCAAAGCCCACAACAUCGAUUUCAGAUGAAAGUACAGCUACAAAACUUUUAUCCGUAGAAGUGGAUAAUAGUUCAGAAGUCGUUAUAAAAUCAAAAACAUCUAAAAAUCGAAAGAGUCCUGAAAAAGAAACAACUGACGGACCUUCAAAACCUCAAAAGAGUGAAAAUGAUGCAAAUACUUCGAGUAUUGGUUCAAAAACUUCAAAACCACGUAAAAGCUUGGAAAAAGAAAUUAUUUGUGAGGAGUUAAAAACUUUGGAAACACAUUUUGACAAUGAUGAAAAGUCGAAAACAUCAAAAACACGUAAAAUUGUUGAAAGGGAAACAAUAUCCCAAGAAAAAUCUCCUGAUAACUCUUCAAAAAGUAGCAGUAGAAAAUCUUCAAUUGUUGAGAUUCCAUUUGAAGAAGAGUGUACACAAAAAAAGUCCCAAAAGAAAGGACGCAAAAGUGAAGAAAAAGAAAGUUCUGUUAUUCGAAAACUAUCAGUUGAGGGUAUAAUUUCUUUAGAUGAAGAUCGAUCAAAAAAGGCGACAAAAAAAGAUCGAGGUGGUGAAGAUAAGAAAGAAGAUAAAACAAAAGUCACUGAUUCGAUUGAAGAAGUUACAAUUAAAGCUCCAAAAUCAUCUAAAACAAAGAAAUCCCCAAAUGACGAUGAGGCAACAAGUUCAUCAAUUGUUCUCACUACCCCAUUGCAACCUGAAGAUUUUGAAGAUGAAAAACCAAUUGAAUUUAAACGAAUGACAGUCGCUAGUUCAUCGAAAUCUUCAAAUAAAGUAACAAAACCUGAUAAACCAAGUCAAGUGUCAAAAACAAGUUUAUCCAUGACAAAACCAAGAGCUAAAUCACCUGAAGAAAUAAAAGUUGAAGAAACGGAUUUCCCCGAAAUCUCCUCAACAAUUAAAAAGAAGAAUCGUAGUGAGUCGAAGAAAAAGCCUGAUCAUGAUACAACACCAACAAACGAUAUGCCAUUAUCCGUAGAAUUAUCCAAUGCAUCUGAUUUAGCAGAUAGUUUGUUAGAUUUUAAACUGGAUAAACAAGAAGAUUUAAAUAAUUCUACAAUAGACAUUGAUAAAUUGAAGAAAAAAACUGAAGAAGAAGUUGUAAAAUCUGUGAAAGAAAAGUCAUCAACUCUUCCAGCAGCGUUAUCCGAAAAAGAAUCAAAGAAAAUUUCCAAGAAAUCAAAAGCUGAUACACCGGAUAAAGCUCCAACUCCACCAGUUGAAACUACUUUUACUUUAUCCGAAACGAAUUUAUCCAAAACAAAUGAUACAAUCAUAACUUUUGAAGAAAAAGAAAACCUGAUGGAGCUAUCCGAAAUCGAAAAGGUACCUGUUAAGCUGGAUAAAAAAGCUACAAAAGCAUCACGCAGUGAUAGUGUAAUUUCGGUUAAAUUUGAUAAACUUUUAGACCCUUCUGAUGCUACAAAACCAUCAUCAGAAGCCAUUGUGGCUGAUAUCACUACAGAACCCGUUGAAGUUGACACUAAAUAUAAGAGCUCCGAUUCCCCCAAGAAAUCUAAAGGCUCACCAUUAAAAUUUGUCGAUACUUAUGGAGAUGAUUUUAUAGCUCCAGAAAUUCCUUUAAAAAAAGAAAAGUCCUCAAAGAAAAAACAAAGCUCUGCUAAGGCGGAUAAGCCUUCGGAUAAACCCUCGGAAAAACUAGAAUCAACUCUAAAAUCAUCCGAUGGAAUUCAAUUUUUCGAUUCUUUUCUACAAGAAGGUCCUGUUGAACCCUCCUCAACUCCAUGGAAACCCAUAGUAGCCAAGGUUGAAGAAAAAACAAAGUUAUUGAGUACCGAUUUCCCAACACUUGGCAAACCAAUAAAAAGCAAAAAAUCUCAAAGUCCACCAAUGGAUAAAACGACUACAGCAGAAUUGCCUACUCCUUUCACAAUUGACAUACGCGACGAGAAAAAGGAUAAAAAAUCCUUUAAAAGUCGAUCAAAAAUUUUAGAUGACAUACCGCUUUUGGAAGAUUUUCCAACUGAUUUCCUGCCACCUCUUGCAACUUUAGAGCCUUUGGAAGGAACCGAUGAAACUAUAAGCCUCAUCAAUUUCGAAAGUCCUCUUCAAGAGGCUUCUAAACCGAUAAAACAAGAAAUCGAAACUGAUAAACUUUCGCCAUCACCUCAAUUCCCAAAAGGGUUUCCAGCUGAUAACAUAAUAUUUGCUUUAUGCGGAAGUUUGCAUUACGAAAAUGAAAACUCUGGGAAACCAGUUGAUUCUCCGUUGACGUUAUCUUUUUCCGAUUCGACCGCUCACACCACAGCGGAAUAUAAAAGUUUGACCGAAAAUGAUGAUCAAUAUUUAAGCUUGGAGCAGAGCUCUCAAGAAAAUAAUCCAUCAACUUCGUCAUCGACUUGUGAAGAUGCCACUGAAGCUGCUUAUUCUUCAGGUGGUGGAGGAGGAGGGGGCGGGGUUAGCGAGAAUAUCAGCCUCACUUCCACAACUGGAGGAGGUGGGAAAACAAAGAAUAAACAACGUCGUAAGAAACAACUCAUCACUGCCGCUCAAGACGAUGACGAAGAGCUACGUCCAUUGAUAAGCAAAAAUAAUGACGAUGUCAAUCUGAUGACUUGCAGCAUCACUUCGACUUCUUCAACCAUCAUCAAAGCUAAAAAAACAUCAUCAUCACUGCCAACGACGACGAUGACGUCGGACGACAACAACCAGGUAAAUAGUGAUUCUUCGUCAAGUGAUCAAGCGAUGACAUCAGAAGAUACUGAUAAUAAUCAACAACAAACUAGUUUGUCAAACUUAAAACCAGGUAAGUCUUUGAUUGAUGAUGAUAUGGAGGAUAAAUCUGCCGAAGAUGAAGCUAAUAAUAUGGCUGCAUCUUCUUCUAUCCAACAAUCAUCAUCAUCGCAACAACAACAACAAGCACAAUCUCAAUCUCAACAACAACAACCUGGUUCGUCAAAAAAGAAAUUAAAAAAACGUAAAAGAUAAGAAUUAGUGAUUUGUUUGAUUUGUAUUUUUUGCUUAAUUACAUACUAUUUGUAUUUUAUUCUUUUCUCUAGAUCCAUGGAAUGAGUGUGAGUAAAUUUUAAAAAUUUUUCUUUUUUUUUAACUGAUGAGUCGGAGCCUCAUUCG